AUGGCAACGACUGAUGAGGAUGAUGUUCCAGACACUGGAGCAAUAUUUACUUUUGGCAAAAGCAGAUUUGCAGAUAAUAUCCCAGGAAAGUUUUGGAUUAGAGAUGACCCCGUACUACAAGUGGCUUGUGGGGAUGAACAUACUGCUUUAGUUACAGCUAGUGGCAGAGUGUUCACCUUUGGGAGUAAUGAAUGGGGUCAACUUGGUCAUGGACACACUAAAUUACUUCACAAGCCUACUUGUGUUAAAGGCCUUAAGCAAGAAAGAGUAAUACUAGCAGCAUGUGGAAAAUCUCAUACUUUAAUUGCAACAGAUGGAGGUGUAUAUGGCUUUGGAGCUAAUGGAGAGAGACAACUGGGUAUCACUAGUGACCAGCCAAGUUUUCUAGAGCCUGUUCAUGUGAAAGAAUUGGAUGGGAUAGACAUCAAGAUGAUUUGUGCUGGAGCUGAGCAUUCAAUGGCAUUGACAGAUCGAGGAGCAGUUCUAGUUUGGGGAAGUGGUGAUGAAGGACAACUGGGAUUAACAGAUAUUACUGAUAAUGCAUCACCAACUGAACUAAAAUUAGAAGCUAGCGUCAUUUGCAUUUCUGCUGGAUACUAUCAUUCCGCCUUAGUCACUGAGGAUGGUAAACUUUACACUUUUGGUGAAGGAGUAGGAGGUAAACUUGGAUUACCUGAGACGCUUCUCAAAAAGAACACUAGACCACAAUCAGUAUCAGGAAUUCAAGGAAAAGUAGUUUGGGUAUCCUGUGGUGGAAAUCACACUUUGGCAUUAACAGCUGAUGGCCGUCCCUACAGUUUUGGAGAUGGAAACAAUGGGCAGCUUGGUUUAGGUACCAAAGUUCUUGAUGCUCCAACACCACAGCCAGUUAGAGGGCUAGAAGGACUUAAGAUUGCCCGGGCUAGUAGUGGUGAAAAUCACACUGCUUUCCUAACAGAGACUGGUCAGUUCUAUGUGUGUGGUGAUGGUCGUCAUGGUAAACUUGGUUUGGUAGAAGGAGACUCAGAAGCUUUAUCUAAUCAGUUUUUUCCUACUUUGGUAACAAGAUUCUUUGGUUUCCAGGUGCAACAGGUUGCCUGUGGUGGGUGUCACACAGUUGUGUUGGCUGUUAGACAGGCUGGAGUAUCACUCAAUGAAGAAGAUAUUGUAAACUUGAAAGCUAAUGAUCUAAACACCCCUUCUGCUGCAGGAAGGUCAGCACGUGAUCGACGUAGACAGAAAACUGGUCAACUGCCCCCUCUGUCACAAGAGAACAUUUCCAAAAAACGACCUUCUCUUGAUGAUGUUAUACAUAAUCCACUAAAUAAAUCUAAGCUACCCGGCAUUGGAGCAGAAAAAGAUUUAACAAAAGCAGAAGAUGAUGAAGCAAUGGACCGACCUAUUAGACCUCGAAGACAAUCCUUGUUUCAGCAAGCAACAGAUGAUGAUACCAUUCGUCAUGCUGAUAGUGAUGUAGAAUCAGAAGUUUCUGAAGUGUCUGACCUAAAUAAGACCCAUGUGUUGACUGUCGGAGAAAGUACACCUGAUCAGUUCCAGCCACUAAAACCUAGACCUGGCCAUAGUGCUGCUCGUUUCUCAGAUAUAGAAGAUCAGAACAAUGAAGAUAGUGAACAAGAACUGUCAACAGAGGAAAAAGAAGUGGUCCCACAAACUAACCAGAAAGUGUCUGUGAUCACUGAGGUGAAGAAACCAUAUUCACAAGAAAAGAUUGACACAAGUGAUGGAGAUAAUUCAGCAAAGCAAAGUGACUCUGCUUGUGACAGAACUGCUACAGACGAUAAUAAGGAGCUAAAAUCACCAACUAAGUCUUCAGAAAAAGGAACUUCAAAGUUUGCUAGACUUUUCGGUCUGCACAGAAAAAAAAAUGGCUUAUCAAAAGAGAAAUCCAGUGAUGAAGGGUUUUUAACUGAAGAAAGUCUAAAAGAUAACAAGAACAAAGUAUACAGUACAGAACAGGAUCAGAAAGAUGCUAACACAUCAGGUGACCAAAAUUCUGAAAAAUCAGCUCAGAAGGAUCAUAGCCCAGAAUCUAAUGCUCACAAGUCUAAAACCUGUAAUAUUCUGUAAUAUACAACAUUUGGUAAGGAGCUGUUGAGAGUGCUGUAGUAAUUAUCACCAGGAAGGAUAUUGGAUCAACAACAGUUGUAAGUGCCAGAAGAUGGACUCAGCAAGAAGGCCUCUAUCAGACACAAACUAUUGUUGACACUCUAUGUGUUGGAUUGUGUCAUCUUCCAAUCAAUAGUGUGUCUGAGGAACAUUUAGGAAAAUAUUAAAACUAAUUAAAGUUAAUUUCAAAAAACUGUGAAUACAGUAGUUGCAGCUAAAAUAUGUAAAAUGUCUCACUUUUUCCAAGUCACAUGUACAGUAAUAUAAAACUGGUCAUUGUUUUAAACAUGACACUUCUUCCUUACAAGUAAGAACACAGAGUUAGCCUAAACAAUUGUAUGUAGUUUAAAAUAUCAUAAGCUGGGGUAUUUUGUGUUCAGUGAUUUUUUUCCCAUGGUAUUAGAUAAACUGUAGAUUUUUAGGUUGUGUAGGUUUAGAUGUACCUGAUAUUACAUAGGUUACAGUGGUUUAGAGAUAUGAACUUUGACCACAGAUUCACAUAGUAUGAUUUUUUGUAAAUACAUUAUUAGACCAUGGUUUCACAGACUGAUAUUUUGGAGAUGCAUGAUUAUAUUGUGUUUUCAAAUGCCAUGAUCUUUGGAAAUAAGUUAUUAGAAUAUGAAUUUAAUCUUAUUUAGAUUGGGAUUUAAAGUGUGUACCAAGAAGCUCCAUUAAAAUCUAAAAAAAUGUAAUUUCUCAGUUACUGUUUUAAAUUUUGAUUAGUAUCAAUCAGUGUUUUCAUUUUCUUUGUUUUUGAUAUAUUACCACAAACUGCAAUAGUUAUGUAUUAUACUAGGGCUUUUACUCAUACUUCUUUUGUGAUAGGUUAUAAUUUAGCUUAUUUUAAGUUCUUGUCAGUUGUAUAACAAAAAGAAGAAAACUGCAUGUUUAAUAAGCUAAAAAUUAUGACAGUGUGAAUAGUGCCAUGAAAGGAGUAAAUUUCUUCACCAAAUCCUAAUGUGGAUUUAUCUGUAGUCAACUGUUAUGUGUUGAACAGCAUAGAGAAGAGACAUACAAUAUGAGUCUGUUGAAAUGUAGCAUAAGAGAUUAAAAAAAAUGUUGUACAAUUUUAAAAUAAACAAACUAAUAAUCUUGUUUGAAACAAAAUAGUCCAAAAAUAAAUUCUUGUUAAUAACUUGCUGGCACUUAUACUAAUAAAUAUUGAACAUUUAGUUACAAUUAACACCCUUGUUUGAGUUGUGGGUGGCACAUUAAUGCCUAUAAUUUAUUUACACAAAUGCUCCUGUUGUUAAUAUCUUAACAGUUUUAUUCUUUAACAUUAGUAAACAUUUAUAAUUUUAUAGCAUUGAAAAAGUUAGUUUGUUUUAAAUUUGAUUGAAGU